AUGGUUAGAGAAAGACGUGAGAGGAAGCAAUACACUGAUGACUGGAAUGUCCCUGAAGAGGAGCUUGAGGGGAAACGGAAUUUCCAUCUCGAAGACAAACUCUCUGAUGAGAAAUAUAGCCAUCAACUUGUCAAGCAUAUAUCUGGGCAUGAAUUUGGGUUGGCCUAUAUGCAGCAGAAUGGCUUCAAGGAGCCUAUCCUUGUCAAAGAGAAGGCAGGACUUGGGCUGAAAGUACCUGAUGCCUCUUUUACAAUAGAUGAUGUCCGAGCAAGUGAAGUUAACAAUGACAAGAGUGGCAUGAUACCCCAGAAAGAAUUAUUUUCACAUCUGUGCCUCGAUAUAGGAAGAAGAUCUCGGCGAAAUCUGGAUGUCAUGGAUGUGUUAACCCAGAAGAAUAUGGAGAUGUCGAUGAAGGAGUUUCAGCUCUACUGGGAGAACCCAAAUAAAGACAAACUCUUGAAUGUGAUCAGUUUAGAGUUUUCUCACACCCGCCUUGAACACUAUGUGGAGGCCCCUUUAGUGGUCAGACAGAUUGACUGGGUUGACAAUGUCUGGCCACAGCAUUUGAAGGAGUUACAAACAGAGUCUACCAAUGUCCUGGAGGAUAUGAUGUACCCUAAGGUGCAGAAGUAUGUACUUAUGUCUGUGAAAGGGUGCUACACAGACUUUCACAUUGACUUUGGAGGCACUUCUGUUUGGUAUCAUGUUCUCAAAGGUAGAAAGGUAUUUUGGCUGAUUCCACCAACAUCCCGAAACCUGGAACUUUAUGAACAGUGGGUGUUGUCAGGAAAGCAAGGGGACAUAUUUUUUGGAGACACCGUUGAAAAGUGCUCACGGGUGGUGCUGGAAGCUGGCAAUACAUUUUUCAUCCCAACUGGUUGGAUCCAUGCUGUGUAUACACCAGAGGAUUCACUUGUGUUUGGUGGAAACUUUUUGCAUAGCUUUAGCAUACAGAAACAGUUACAGAUUGCUCAAGUGGAGGACACAACCCAUGUACCACAAAAAUUUCGAUAUCCAUUUUUUACUGAGAUGUUGUGGUAUGUGUUGGACCGUUACGUGGCUUGCCUGCUUGGUAGAUCACACCUUGCAUUGCCAAAGGAGAAAGAGAAGGAUGAGAAUGAUGUAAAAACAGAACCUCAAGAAACACUUGUCAAAAAGGAGCACCAGCAUCUCACACAAAUGGAACUCCAUGGCCUCAAGAGUAUAGUGAUUUAUUUGCAUUCAUUGGCUAGGACCAAAAAGUGUGUUCCUGAGCUAGUGACUGAUCCUGUGGCAUUAAUUAAAGACAUGAAGGAACUUGUUGAGCAGCACAAGGAUGAUCAGCCGGAUCUUGCAGUGACAGGAAAACCUAUCAUCUCUUGGCCCAGGGAGUCAAAGGUCAAGAGAAAGCCUAUUCUACGAAAGUAUGGAAUGAAUGGAAGCAAGAGUAGGGAAGUGAAGAAGGCCAGUAGAAGUGAUAGAAGGAGAAGAGUACGCUGCAAGAGAUGCAUAGCCUGUACCCGAAAUGACUGUGGAAAAUGCAUCUUCUGCCGCGACAUGGUCAAAUUUGGUGGCCCUGGUCGCAUGAAGCAGUCCUGCCUAGAACGACAGUGCCGCCAGCCCCAGUUGCCUGUGACUUCAGUAUGUUCAAAGUGUGAAGUGAAUGGCUACCAGGGUCUUGCUCCAGACCCUGAAAUGCCAUCUGAUCUCAUGGAGUGUUCUAUCUGCUACAAAAUUCUUCACCCCAAAUGUGCCAAAGUAGAAAUGCCUGAUGUUGAUGGCAUCACAAAUGAGGAUCUCCCAAACAGCUGGGAAUGUCCGCAUUGUGUGAAAGAAGGCCUCCACAUCAAUGCCAAGCCUUUGUAA